GCGCCAUGUCGGUGUGUUUGGAGCCCGGGGUUAUCCGGAAAUUGGAUGAGGUGGUGGUUAAUCGGAUUGCUGCCGGGGAGAUUAUCCAGCGACCCGCCAACGCCUUAAAAGAGCUACUUGAGAAUAGUUUGGAUGCUCAGUCAAGUCACAUUCAAGUUCAGGUCAAAGCCGGUGGACUGAAGUUACUUCAGAUCCAAGAUAAUGGUACUGGAAUACGUCGUGAGGAUCUGUCCAUCGUUUGCGAGCGCUUCACAACCUCCAAGUUGUCCCGCUUUGAGGACUUGGCGCAGAUAGCCACAUUUGGAUUCAGAGGUGAAGCCCUGGCCAGCAUCAGUCAUGUGGCGCACCUUAGCAUCCAGACCAAGACAGCAAAAGAGAAAUGCGGCUAUAAGGCCAACUAUGCGGAUGGGAAGCUCCAGGAUCAGCCGAAACCGUGUGCGGGAAAUCAAGGAACCAUCAUCUCCAUCGAAGAUCUGUUCUAUAAUAUGCCACAAAGGAGACAAGCACUCCGUUCACCGGCCGAAGAGUUUCAACGACUGUCUGAUGUUCUGGCUAGGUACGCUAUCCACAAUCCUCGUGUGGGCUUUACCCUCCGCAAGCAGGGCGAGGCACAACCCGCUUUGAGAACUCCAACGGCCAGUUCCCGGUCCGAGAACAUUCGUAUUAUAUACGGGGCAGCCAUUGCCAAGGAGCUCCUAGAGUUUAGCCACCGGGAUGAGAUGUUCAAGUUCGAGGCCGACUGUCUGAUCACUCAAGUCAACUACUCGGCGAAAAAGAGCCAGAUGCUGCUGUUCAUCAACCAGCGCCUGGUGGAGUCGCCAGCUCUGAAGACCGCUGUGGACUCUGUAUAUGCCACUUACCUGCCGCGUGGUCAUCAUCCCUUUGUCUACAUGAGCCUUACCUUGCCACCCCAAAAUCUAGAUGUGAAUGUCCAUCCCACCAAGCACGAAGUGCAUUUCCUUUACCAGGAUGAGAUUAUAGAGCGGCUCAAAGAGCAGGUAGAAGCUCGUCUUCUGGGAAGCAAUUCCACAAGGUCUUUUUACAAACAGUUGCGCCUACCAGGAGCUCCAGAUCUGGAUGAAACCCAGUCGGCGGAUAAAACGCAGCGCAUCUACCCCAAGGAACUGGUUCGCACCGAUUCCAAUGAGCAAAAGCUGGAUAAGUUCUUAGUGCCAGUGGUGAAAAGUGAACCAGGUGUGUCCCCGAGUUCCUCUCAGGAGACUCAACCUCUGCCAGAGGAAAGUUUUCGUGUCACAGCUGUCAAGAAAUGCCGAGAAGUACGACUAAGCAGCGUGCUAGACAUGAGAAAGCGAUCGGAGAGGCAAUGCAGCGUUCAGCUCAGAGGCAUACUCAAGAACCUGGUCUAUGUGGGCUGUGUGGACGAGCGGCGAGCAUUGUUCCAGCAUGAAACUCGUCUUUUUCUCUGCAAUACCCGCUCUUUUAGUGAGGAACUCUUCUAUCAGCGACUGAUCUACGAGUUUCAAAACUGUUCAGAGAUCAAACUAAAUCCGCCACUGUCUGUCACGGAGCUCCUGAUGCUGUCGCUGGACAGUGAAGCUGCUGGCUGGACACCCGAGGAUGGCGAUAAAACUGAACUAGCGGCCAGUGCUGCUGAAAUCCUUCUUAAAAAGGCGCCUAUCAUGCGAGAAUAUUUUGGUCUGCGGAUCUCAGAGGAGGGAAUGCUCGAGUCUCUCCCAAGUCUGGUACCUCAGCACCGACCUAGUGUGUCUCAUUUGCCAGUCUACUUGCUCCGCUUGGCCACCGAAGUGGAUUGGGAGCAGGAAGCUCGUUGUUUCGAGAAUUUCUGCAGGGAAACAGCUCGAUUUUAUUCGCAGUUGGACUGGCAGGAAGGCUUGGCUGCGGGACAUCCGAGAUGGACCAUGGAACACGUUUUAUUUCCAGCCUUUAAGAAGUAUCUUCUGCCACCACCACGUCUCAAGGAUCAGAUAUUCGAACUUACCAAUCUACCCACGCUGUACAAGGUUUUCGAAAGGUGUUAGUUUAAAAUUGUUCUAUGGCUUUAAGCUUUUUUAAUAAUAAAUAUGCAUGGUUUUAAGACUAGAAA